AUGUAUAUAAAAGAAGUGAUUAUUGAUGGGUUUAAGUCCUACGCUCAUAGGACUCAUGUCAAGAAUUUUGACCCCAUGUUUAAUGCUAUCACGGGUCUUAACGGAAGUGGUAAAAGCAACAUAUUAGACGCUAUCUGCUUCGUAUUGGGCAUCUCAAAUCUAUCUCAGGUGCGAGCUACAAGCCUACAAGAACUGGUUUACAAGAACGGCCAGGCAGGAAUAACUAAAGCGAGUGUUACGAUCGUGUUCGAUAACUCCGACAAGAAACAAACUCCCGUGGGAUACGAGAACUUUGACGAACUUACUAUUACACGACAGGUAGUGGUCGGAGGAAGAAACAGAUAUCUGAUAAACGGAUCUAAUGCAAACAAUAACAGAGUCUCUGAUUUGUUCCGAUCUGUUCAGCUGAACAUAAACAACCCUCACUUCUUAAUAAUGCAGGGUCGCAUUACCAAGGUUCUAAACAUGAAGCCUAAAGAGAUAUUAUCGAUGAUAGAGGAGGCAGCUGGAACGUCUCUUUACGAGAGUAAGAAACAAUCUGCUCUUAAAACUAUUGAGAAGAAAGAUAACAAACUAACUGAUAUAAACAAGAUACUGGAUGAAGAGCUGAACCCUACUCUUGAGAAGCUGAAAGCAGAGAGAGCGUCCUAUUUGGAGUACCAGAAGAUACAGCGACACAUAGAGACACUAACCCGACUAGUGGUUGCCUACAAAUACACACGUGCUCAACACGUGGACCAGAACGCAGCGGGGGAGGUGUUGUCUUUACAGGACCAGAUAAACACCAUGGAUAACGAAGUGGUUGCAAGUAAGAGUGAGAUAGAACGGCUGAAGGAGGAGAUAAGUAGACUGGAACAGACCAGGAAAGGACAGGCUUCUUCUAAGUUGGAGGAGCUGGAGACUGAGAUGACGGAUAUUAGUAAGAGGGAGGUAAAGGCUACGUCAGAUCUGGAUAACGUGCUGGACGCUGUUAGACAGGAGGAGAAGGAGAAGGAGAGCACGCUGAGGAGUAUCGCUAACACUGAGAAACUCAUCUCUAAUAAAUCAGAGGAGUUGACAGCAGUGAGAGAAGAGGCAGAGAAGUACAAGGAGUUGGAGGAGAAAGAGAGAGGAAACGUGGAGAGAGCAGAGUCUAACUACACCCAGGUACAAGCGGGACAGAUGGAGGGAGAAGACGGAGAGCAGCUGACAUACACAGAACAUCUGAUGAAGCUAAAAGACUCGCUGAGCGAGGCACAGACAGCAAACCAACAAGCUAACCUGAAACUAGCACACUCUCAGAGCACUAUAAAGAAGAUGGAGACUGACUGCAAGAAGGCGGAGUGGGAAAUAGCCCGGGAGAAGGGAGAGUUUGACACGGCUGUAACAGUUGUGGAAGGAGUGGAGAGGAGAAUUGAGAAGCUUGGCUUCUCUCAAGAGGUGCACAGUGAGCUACAAAAUGAGAAAUGUGAACUAGAAAACAAGGUGGCUAAAGCUUCAAAACAGGUAAACGAGCUAGUGAACAAGUUCCCGCAACUCCAGUUCGACUACGUGUCCCCAGACAGGCACUUUGAUAGGUCCCGCGUAAAGGGGCUGGUAGCUGAUCUCUUCACUGUACCGGAUAACCAGUACGCGAUGGCUCUAGAGGUUGCCGCUGGGGGGAGGUUGUAUAACGUGGUGACAGACAACGAGGACACCAGUGCUCUACUCAUCAAACACGGCCAACUCCGCAGAAGGUACGUCAUGAUACCCCUCAACAAGAUCCGCAGCAAUGUUAUAGACAGGGAGGUGGUUAACAGCGCCAAGAGACUGGUCGGUGGUGACAACUGUCACCUAGCUCUGGACGUCAUCCAGUUUGAUAAACAGGUGGAACCGGCCAUGAAGUUCUGUUUUGGAGGGGUUCUCAUCUGUAAAACUAAGGAGCAAGCUAAGAAAGUAGCAUUCGACAAGUCAGUGAAGAGGAAGGUUAUUACUCUGGAGGGAGAUGUAUACGAUCCGGCAGGUACUCUAACGGGAGGGUCCAGGAACACUUCUAGAUGUGUUCUUAAAGAACUCUCUGCCUGCAAACAGUCCAGAUCUGAUCUCACCCAGUACAAAGAGCAGUACAGACAGGUAGAGGGAGAGUUGAGUAAAAUGGAAAGAGUUGUUCACCAGUGGGAGGAACUGACAGGACAGCUGAGGUUGAAGAAGCACGAGCGGGAUUUAUUAGAAGAAAGAUUGAAGCAGACCUCUCACUACAAAGACAUAGAGGAGUUGAGAAGGACUAAGGAGGACCUGGCAAAGCAAAAGGAAAUUGUGGACAAUUUUAACGACAAAGAAAAGAGUCUCUUAAAGAAGUGCGCGGAAGUGGAAGCUAAGAUGAAGAACUUCAAAUCUGAACAAGAGAAAGAACUGAAGAAGUCGGAGAAGAGGAUAUUAGACGCAAAGAGUAAAUUAAACAAGUGUUCGAAGGAGGCGAAAGCAAAGGUGAACAAGUUGAAAGAACUAGAGUUGGAGGUGAGCAGUGAGCUAGCUAAGGAGUUGGAGGGUCUGCGAGAGCAGCUGCCUAAAUGCGAGGAGGCUAUAGCCGCUGCUCAGGAGCUAGUGGAGGGAGCCCAGUUAAAGCUGACAGAGUGCGCAGCGGUGAGGGAGACACUGGCUGCUGAACUUGGGGCUCAGCGUGAACUGAUACAACAGUGUUCUGCUGAGAUAGAGAACUUUGUGAAGGAGCAGAAAGCAGCGGAGAAGCAGAUAAGUAGCUGCGGGAUAAAGCUGAAGGAGCUGACCCACAAGCUGAGUAAACUGAACAAGGAAGCGAGCGAAGCAAAGCAGCAGGUCCAGUACUACCUCAACAACUAUGAGUGGAUUGCUUCUGAAAAACAGUACUUCGGACAGAAGGACACUGCCUACGACUUUGAGAAACAGGACCUGAAAGAAAGUGAUAAGAAGUUGGAGCGUCUGAAGGCAAGUAAAGAGAAACUGUCCAAGAAUGUGAACAUGAGAGCAAUGCACCUGCUAGGAGAGGCAGAGAAACGGUACAUCGACCUGGUGAAAAGGAAGGACAUUGUGACUAACGACAAGCACAAGAUAAACAAGGUGAUCAAGGAACUGGACGAGAAGAAGAACCGGGCAGUCAGGAGAGCCUGGGAGCAGGUGAACAAGGAUUUCGGCUCUAUAUUCUCUACGCUGCUUCCUGGAGCGAGGGUUAAACUGCAGACUUUGGAGGGGAGACCUGUUACUGAUGGUCUAGAAGUCAAGGUUGGGUUCGGUGAGGUAUGGAAAGAGUCACUAACAGAACUGAGCGGGGGACAGAGAUCUUUAGUAGCUCUCUCUCUUAUCUUAUCUCUUCUUCUCUUCAAACCAGCUCCUCUAUACAUUCUGGACGAGGUGGACGCAGCGCUAGACUUGUCCCACACUCAGAACAUCGGACAGAUGUUGAGGGCUCACUUCAAACAUUCUCAAUUCGUCGUGGUCUCCCUCAAAGAUGGCAUGUUCCAGAAUGCUAACGUUCUCUUCAGGACGAAGUUUGUUGACGGAGUAUCAGCUGUUACACGACACACUCAACAUUCCUCCACAAAACCUGUUCUGUCUGAGAAGGAGAAUAUUCAGCCGCUCGUUAAGAAAAACAAAAAACAAAAGGUUUAGUUUCCAUGGUGACUGGUGAUGUGAAACCUACGUAGUCUUACUUUUUAAACAGUUGCUAUUCAAGUAGCUUCUUUUUAAAUUAUGCAAAUUGUCAAGUUGAGAACUAAGGUGGUGUUACCAUGGUUACGGAUUAUUAAAACUGCGUAUCAAGAUCAGUGCGCGGCUUAAUGACUACAAGUGUGUACAUGACUAGGGAGCACUGAGUUGCUAACUUUCUCUUGUUUAGUAUUAUACAAUGCUGUUAAAUACGUAGCGUUUCAAGCAAACGUAUGCGUACGCAAUCGUAUUUGUCGUCGAAAAUUCGCGUAUUUCGAUUUCCACUGUGGAGUAAGAACGAUUUUUUACAAUAAAUAUUUUACAAUAUUUGAUCUGCACGUAUUUCGGACAAAUUUUAAACGUAUUCCGGACAAAAUUUAACAGGGUCUAAGUUCAAUUUUUUCGGGCUUAUUGAUUGGAAACUUACGUAUUUCUCUCGAACAUUGAAUACGCCGUAUUUUGAGCCGAUUUUUGACGUAUUUAACAACGAUAGUAUUAUAACACACUUUGCAAAGCAGGCUUACAUUUACAACCUUAUGUAUUGAGUGCUCGUGUUAAAAAGUAAAAGUAAUAUAUACUGUGACUAUUCAUUAUUUGUUAUAGUUAAUUGUCCUCACGUGGUAUUUAUCUACGUGUGUCUUAUAUUUAAUAUAAAAUAAAUACUUUUAAUCGGUUGAUUUAGAUUCAAAGCUUUUUUCUUUGUAAAUUUUAAACGAUCCAGUUUUUAAGUCACAAUUUUUAAAUUUCUUGUUCUUUUUUAGUUAUCUUACUUUUCCCCUAGUUGAUGGUAAUGCCGUUGACUUUAAUAAAAAAUGUGCUAAUAAAAACAAUCAUCAUUACUUCUCAGUUUAUUAUAAGAUAUUUACGUUUGAAAUUAUGUACUGAAGUACUGACAUUGGUUAGCUUGUGUCACGUGGUGUGAAUACUGUGCUCUGAUUGGUUAAUAUCUCAAAUCUUUAGAGCAGCAUUUUAAAUCCUGCACCUUUUGUUUGUACCAUCAUCUUUAAGACCUUAUUUAUAGUCGCAAUGUAUUAUGCUUAACUUGGACUGUAUUUAUAUUUAUAUUGUUGUAUUUCAGUUACAUUUCAUUGGAAUCUACCGAAACAUUACAAUU